AUGUCCCAGCUGGUGGAAUGUGUCCCCAAUUUCUCAGAGGGGAAUGACCAGGAGGUGAUCGACACCAUCUCCAGGGCCAUUGCACAGACCCCGGGCUGUGUGCUGCUGGAUGUGGACGCUGGCCCCUCCACCAACCGCACCGUCUAUACCUUUGUGGGGACUCCCGAGAGCAUUGUGGAGGGUGCCCUCAGUGCUGCCCGGGCCGCCUGGCGCCUCAUCGACAUGAGCAGGCACCGAGGGGAGCACCCCCGUAUGGGUGCACUUGAUGUCUGUCCCUUUGUCCCUGUGCGUGGCGUCAGCUUGGCCGAGUGUGUAUUGUGCGCUGAGGCCUUUGGCCAGCGGCUGGCAGAGGAACUGGCUGUGCCGGUGUACCUGUAUGGCGAUGCAGCACGGGUGGACAGCCGUCGCACCCUGCCAGCCAUCCGUGCUGGGGAGUAUGAGGCUCUGCCUGAGAAGCUCAUGCAGACUGAGUGGGCCCCGGACUUUGGCCCCAGCUCCUUUGUCCCCCGUUGGGGGGCCACUGCCACGGGUGCCCGAAAGUUCCUCAUCGCCUUCAACAUCAACCUGCUGAGCACCAAGGAGCAGGCACAUCGCAUUGCACUCAACCUAAGGGAGCAGGGCCGUGGCCCUGGACAGCCAGGACGCCUGAAAAAGGUGCAGGGAAUUGGCUGGUACCUGGAAGAGAAGAACCUGGCUCAGGUGUCCACCAACCUACUGGACUUCGAGGCCACCGGACUGCACACAGUAUAUGAGGAAACCUGCAGAGAGGCCCAGGCGCUGAGCCUCCCCGUGGUUGGCUCGCAGCUGGUGGGCUUGGUGCCACUGAGGGCAUUGUUGGAUGCAGCUGCUUUUUACUGUGGUCGGGAGAACCUCUUUGUGCUAGAGGAGGAGCAGCGUCUAAGGCUGGUGGUGAGCCGGCUGGGGCUGGACUCUCUGACCCCCUUCCACCCCAAGGAGCGUGUCAUCGAGUAUCUGGUCCCGGAUGCCCAGGCCCAGCACAGCCUGCUGGACCGGCCCCUGCGAGCCUUCAUCCGCGAUGUGGGUGCUCGCUCUGCGGCCCCCGGGGGAGGCUCAGUGGCUGCCGCCGCUGCCGCCAUGGGCGCGGCCCUAGCCUGCAUGGUGGGGCAGAUGACCUACGGGCGCCGCCAGUUCGAGCACCUGGAUGCGGCCAUGCGGCGCCUGAUCCCGCCCUUCCACGCUGCCAUGGGGCAGCUGACCGCCCUGGUGGACGCAGAUGCCAAGGCCUUUGCAGCCUGCCUGGAAGCGAUGAAACUGCCCAAGAGCACAGCUGAAGAGAGGGACAGGCGGGCAGUGGCCCUGCAGGAGGGGCUGAGGCGUGCUGUUGGGGUCCCGCUGGCGCUGGCAGAGACGGUGGCCUCGCUGUGGCCGGCGCUACAGGAGCUGGCCCUGUGCGGGAACCUGGCCUGCCGGUCAGACCUGCAGGUGGCAGCCAAGGCCCUGGAGACGGGCGUGUUUGGGGCAUACUUCAACGUGCUCACCAACCUGAAGGACAUCACUGACCCUGCAUUCAAGGACCAGGCCCGCCAGCGUGUGUCCAGCCUCCUGCAGGAGGCCAGGACUCAGGCGGCACAGGUGCUGGACCAGCUGGAGGCCCGGCAGGAAUGA